AUGGCAGCGACGCUCAAGGUGACGGAGCUACCACGCGGCGGCUCGGUUGUCUCGACCUCGAUCGGUCCGAUCCAGUACGGCAUGCCACCCGAGACGAUCAAGGACUCGAUGGCGCUCGGCCUCCCGGUGCCCAUGUACUUCAUCGUACCCUCCGAGCCGUUUACCAAGACGCUCGGACCCAACAUGGGCGUCAACGUCGCCGAGUUUGAGUUUCCAGCGUACUGCAAUUUCUUCUUCAAGCGGCAGUGCGUCAACCUCAUCGUUGCGUCGCAAGAGGUCGAAGAUCGCAUCCGCCGCGUCUUCCAGGAGACGCUCUUUGGGCCGCAAGUCAUCGACAUGCGCGUGGACUUUCCCCACGCAGCGCCAACCUCCUCGUACCCGAACCUCGAAGCGGAGCUCGGGUACUUUCGCAAAUUUGGCAGUACGCUCAUUACGCUCGAGAUGCUGCUCAAGUUUACGCACUUUCGAGACGACAACAUUGCGACGCUGCUUUCGGGCGAGAACAAGGUCACGAUCCAGAAGACCGAGCACGGCUUCGUCAUCACGGACAAUGGCGCCGCGUCUGCGCUGAUCGAGGACUUUGUGCGUCUCCCGCCUCCCGCGCAGUGCCUCACGGUCCGCGACGUGUUUUACCCACCGGCGUUUGGCGUCACGGUCCUUGGCAACUCGCACGGGUUUGACCCGAACGGUAACACGUCGGGGUACGUGCUGUGGAUCAACCACCGCGGGAUUAUGGUCGACCCGCCGCCGUUCUCGACGUCGAUCCUCAUCGCCAACUCGAUCCCGCCGCUCAUGAUUGACGGUGUCAUUGUGACCCACUGCCACGCCGACCACGACGCCGGCACGUUCCAAAAGAUUCUACAGGAAGGCCGCGUGUCGCUGAUUACGACGCAGACCAUCUACCAGUCGUUUCUACGCAAGUACGCGGCGCUCUCGGGAUUUGAAGAGAGCUUUCUCAAGCGCGUCCUCAACUACCGCAAAGUGCGCAUCAACGACCCGACGAGCAUCCGCGGCGCGACCUUCCGGUUCUUCUACUCGUUGCACUCGAUUCCGUGCGUGGGAUUUGAAGUCACGUAUGGCUCCAAGCGCAUCGUGUUCUCGGGCGACCACCUCAACGACGUCGAGCGAAUCCGAGCCUUGAAGGACGAAGGCGUGCUCUCCGAGCAUCGGUGCAACGAGCUGCUAGCGUUCCCGUGGGACUGCGACGUCAUCUUGCACGAAGCCGGUGUGCCGCCUAUUCACACGCCCGACAUCCCCGCCGACAGCGGCCUCCGCGCCGCCCCCGAGGGCGUCCAGAACACCAUCAUCGUUCCGACCGAGCAACCAGAGAGCGCGAGCACGCUCGAAGUGCUCGACCUCGUGCGAAAAGUGGACAUUUUCGUCGACCUAACCCUCGCCGACGCCUACGAAUUGGUCCAGAUGGCGCGCCGCGUCGACUACGCCAAGGCAGUGACCGUCCAAGAGUAUGGCAGCGUCGCGCGCUCGUUUUACAUUGUCGUGGCCGGCGAAGCCCAAGCGGUCUUCCCCCCUCUCGGCGCGCGCACCGACACGAGCGAUCGGAAGCGACUCUCGACGGUGCCAAAGUCCAAGCGGUACAUCCCCGGCGACUAUUUCGACCUGCAGUAUCUGCUGACGCCCAACAUGCGCGCCGGGUGCUCGAUCAUUGCCGCGUCAUCGCUCUGUCUCCUCGAGUUCAACGCGGCCGACAUCAACUGGUUUCUUCAAGACACGAGCGUCUUUGAGCGCAUUCAAAAGCUCGUCGAGACGCGGCACAACUUUGCGUGGGACACGAUCGCCGAGAACAGUAUCUUUACCAAGCUCACCCAAAUCCAGCGCACGCAGCUCGAGCUCACCCUCGGCAAGUGGAACGUCCCCGAAAACUUUAUUGUGUGGAACACGGACGAGGCGUGCGACAUUGCGGUCUUUGUCGCGGACGGCGAGUUCGUCAUGAAGACAUGGACCAAGCCCACAAGCGCCAGUUCAUCCGAGGGCAACACGCCGACCGAGCCCCGGGGCCCGCCUCGGAAGCGGAAAGGCUCUGUCAACCGCGUGGUGCCGAUCGACUCGGUCACGAGCGGCCAGAGCAGCGAGUGUCUGCACGCCGUCUUUCGCCGGGGCGCGUUCAUUGGCAACGUCAACGCCCUUACGAGCGACGACGAGUGCGCGUUUGGGUCGAUGCUGGUGGCCAAGACCGCGGGCACGCUCUUCUGCAUCAAGAAGCCCGACUUCAAAUUCUUCCUUUUCGAGAACCCGGGCAUUCUCAUGGCACUGAGUGACCUUACGUCCGUCAUCUGA